AUGGCCAUGGGAAUGCCCAUCAUCAUUGUGAGAUCUGCAGAUGCACUUUUGGUGGCAAUCGACUCUGAAGGAGUGGGAGCUGUUGAUAUACUACUUAAUCAUCGACCAAAACGAUCAUCAAGACCAACUAUAGUAAAACUAAUGGAACGAAUUCAGAAUCCUGAGUAUUCAACGACUAUGGAUGUUGUGCCUGUCAUUUUAGCUGCUCAUCGUAACAACUAUGAAAUUCUUACAAUGCUCUUAAAACAGGAUGUAUCUCUACCCAAGCCUCAUGCAGUUGGCUGUGAAUGCACACUGUGUUCUGCAAAAAACAAAAAGGACAGCCUCCGACAUUCCAGGUUUCGUCUCGAUAUAUAUCGAUGUUUGGCCAGUCCGGCUCUAAUAAUGUUAACAGAGGAGGAUCCAAUUCUGAGAGCAUUUGAACUUAGUGCUGAUUUAAAAGAACUAAGUCUUGUGGAGGUGGAAUUCAGGAAUGAUUAUGAGGAACUAGCCCGGCAAUGUAAAAUGUUUGCUAAGGAUUUACUUGCGCAAGCCCGGAAUUCCCGUGAAUUGGAAGUUAUUCUAAACCAUACGUCUAGUGACGAGCCUCUUGACAAACGGGGAUUAUUAGAAGAAAGAAUGAAUUUAAGUCGUCUAAAACUUGCUAUCAAAUAUAACCAAAAAGAGUUUGUCUCCCAGUCUAACUGCCAGCAGUUCCUGAACACUGUUUGGUUUGGACAGAUGUCAGGUUACCGACGCAAGCCCACCUGUAAGAAGAUAAUGACUGUUUUGACAGUAGGCAUCUUUUGGCCAGUUUUGUCACUUUGUUAUUUGAUAGCUCCCAAAUCUCAGUUUGGCAGAAUCAUUCACACACCUUUUAUGAAAUUUAUCAUUCAUGGAGCAUCAUAUUUCACAUUCCUGCUGUUGCUUAAUCUAUACUCUCUUGUCUACAAUGAGGAUAAGAAAAAUACAAUGGGGCCAGCCCUUGAAAGAAUAGACUAUCUUCUUAUACUGUGGAUUAUUGGGAUGAUUUGGUCAGACAUUAAAAGGCUCUGGUAUGAAGGGUUGGAAGACUUUUUAGAAGAAUCUCGUAAUCAACUCAGUUUUGUUAUGAAUUCUCUUUAUUUGGCAACCUUUGCCCUCAAAGUGGUUGCUCACAACAAGUUUCAUGAUUUUGCUGAUCGGAAGGAUUGGGAUGCAUUCCAUCCUACAAUGGUGGCAGAAGGGCUUUUUGCAUUUGCAAAUGUUCUAAGUUAUCUUCGUCUCUUUUUUAUGUAUACAACCAGCUCUAUCUUGGGUCCAUUACAGAUUUCAAUGGGACAGAUGUUACAAGAUUUUGGAAAAUUUCUUGGGAUGUUUCUUCUUGUUUUGUUUUCUUUCACAAUUGGACUGACACAACUGUAUGAUAAAGGAUAUACUUCAAAGGAGCAGAAAGGCUGUGUAGGCAUAUUCUGUGAACAGCAAAGCAAUGAUACCUUCCAUUCGUUCAUUGGCACCUGCUUUGCUUUGUUCUGGUAUAUUUUCUCCUUAGCGCAUGUCGCAAUCUUUGUCACAAGAUUUAGCUAUGGAGAAGAACUGCAGUCCUUUGUGGGAGCUGUCAUUGUUGGUACAUACAAUGUGGUGGUUGUGAUUGUGCUUACCAAACUGCUGGUGGCAAUGCUUCAUAAAAGUUUUCAGUUGAUAGCAAAUCAUGAAGACAAAGAAUGGAAGUUUGCUCGAGCGAAGUUAUGGCUUAGCUACUUUGAUGAUAAAUGUACAUUACCUCCACCUUUCAACAUCAUUCCUUCACCAAAGACUAUCUGCUAUAUGAUUAGUAGCCUCAGUAAGUGGAUUUGCUCUCAUACAUCAACAGGCAAGGUCAAACGGCAAAACAGUUUAAAGGAAUGGAGAAAUUUAAAACAGAAGAGAGAUGAAAACUAUCAAAAAGUGAUGUGCUGCCUAGUGCAUCGUUACUUGACUUCCAUGAGACAGAAGAUGCAAAGUACAGAUCAAGCAACUGUGGAAAAUCUAAAUGAACUGCGUCAAGAUCUGUCAAAAUUCCAAAAUGAAAUAAGAGAUUUACUUGGCUUUCGGACUUCUAAAUAUGCUAUGUUUUAUCCAAGAAAUUAACCAUUUUCUAAAUCAUGAAGAGAAUAAUUUUCAAUAACAGAUCCAAAAGACUAUAUUGCAUAACUUGCAAUGAAAUUAAUGAGAUAUAUAUUGAAAUAAAGAAUUAUGUAAAAGCC